AUGUCAGGUGUGGCACCGCAUCGACGCUUUGUCUCGGUGGAGCUCCCUUUUUGCCUCCCUGUGACCACAAGAAGGUCUCCCAUAUCGGAUGGCAACGGGCUAAAAGAGGAGGAGCGUCGAAUGGUGGAGGCCUUUGUACCGCCAUCAUUUUUACGUCCUACCCUUGAUGAGAUCUUUCCCAGUUUUGGGGAGGGAACAGGAAGGGAAACGGCGAAGACUCCAACGGGGAGUGUAGCAAUUGGGAAGAAACAGUUUAAACACCGAGCGGCGAUUGCCUCUGCGUCGGAAUACUACACGGGUGAGGUCUUUUCUGGCUGGCGUCCACUGGACUUUGAGGCAGAAGCAGAUAACAUGCAAGCAAAGGACAGCAAGCAAAUUCUUUUGGGACUUACGGGCGAGGAGGGAAAGUGUGAACGAGAGAAAAUGCUGCGUGAGUCGUUCCCUUCAUUUACGCCACAGGUUUUACUUCAAGGGUUCUAUAGAAACGAUGUACUUCUGGAGGUGACGCGCACUCGGCGCGUGAAGCGGUUACGGGAUCCCGUCAGUGGUCGGGUUGUGAAGGAGAUGUUUCUCCAAGAGGAUGAGGGCUCCAGCCAGUCGAAGGCGACGGUGGUGGGCGUGGUGUCGCGUGAAGUAGACCUUGUUCGGCCCGCCGACUUUUGUUUCGGCCCUUUUUCAAAAGAUGUUUUGGCGGCUGCGCCGGCGCUCUGCAGCGGGAAUUUAUUUCCGCCGGCGCAUUUUGUGGCGGAGAAGAAUCCGUUUGAGGUCGAAUGUGAUUUCGGCGGUCACUUUCAACUGGAGGUUUCAAAGCCGCCAGGAGGUGAUGUCACCCGAGACGAUAAAGAGGAGGGGCCGUUGGAGUGGGACUUUGAGGUCAUGCCUACGUUGUCCGUCAUGGCCACCGACUCUAGCAUUCCACCCCCCAUGCUCCCCGCACAGAAGGAUCUUCUACGCCGCCUGAAUGGCGGGGAUGCCGAGAAGGAAUGCGUGGAAGUACGAACCACGAAAAAGCUCCUGGAAGAGCGUCCUGUAUGGAUUGCGCAAGAGCUUUUGGACGCCGUUCUUCAGUCUGGAAUUUGCCCGCGCAGACACAUCAACAAAAAAGCCAUGUCAUGUCUGACUUAUUUGAUUAAGAAUGGCCCUUUUAGCAGAUUGCGCAUUAGGAUUGGGUUUGACCCUUACGCCAGUCACAAAACAGCCUCGCUGCAGCGGAUUGUGUUGAAGAUCAAUCGCCGUUCGGAACUAGGCACACUACUGCGUGACAUCAGCCGCGUUCCUCAUAUCGCGGACGUUCUGGGGGAAAUAGAAAAAAAACACGCUCAAGCGACGGAAAACGCCGAUGCAAAACUCUUGAAUGUUUUGCCGUGCCCUUCCCGGGGUUCAUUUAUUGCGAAACUCUGCGAGCUCAUUCAAGAUGGAAGGCUUUACGUCGCCAUUCAAAUUGUUGAUCUGAGUGACGAUGCGUUUUUGAGAGAUCUGCUUCUGAGGGUGCCGCCGGCAACCGACAUGCCGUUAGAGCAGCGGAACUGCAGAAACGGGUGGAUAGGAGAGGCCGGCUACCAUCGCGUUGCGGCCUAUAUCACAGAGUCACUUUACAACUUGAUAAAAAAUGAGGUGACACCAGCGCUUGAGAGCCGCGAAAGGAGCGAGGGCCCUACGAGGCUGACUGAAAGACGGCGCAGCGAAGGCAGCUCGACCCCAUCCCAGUGUGAAAGCAACACCGACAACGAUGAAGAGGAAGAGGAUGAAAAGGAUGCCGAUUCCCUUAACAGCGCCGCUUCGGCAGCUCUUUAG